CUCAUCUUAGAUAUGACAUCUGAUACUGUUUUCAUCGAUGUAUGUUUUGCAGAAGAUGACUGGUAUUUGUGUCAUGUGACAAUUCUUUCCCCAAAAGAAGAACUUCUAACUUGGGGUAUGUACCCAUAUCCCUAUUUGGCACGUGUUGAUCCUGAUGCUCGAAAAGGUACUCUGAUUUACCAGCUUGCUGCCUAUUACACUAACAAAGAAAACUCCAGUACUGCGAUAACUUAUGCACUUAUUGCAGGUGGAGAAGACCGAUUUGAAGUGGAAAUGGACACAGGUUUUAUAGGGACCACUGGUUUACCUUUAACUUGGAACAAGGAAUAUGUGGUCACUGUGCAGGCCACUGACGAAUUCGGCAACACAAGCCCUUAUACCUCCAUUUCCAUCCUGGCUGGCUGCAGACCUCCCCAGUUUACUAAUGUGUCCUAUACUGUGUUUGUUCCUGAAAAUACUCCAAUGGGAGAAAACAUAGCUGUCAUUGAAGCUAUUUCUUUCCAGAGCCAGUCUCUUUCAUACACACUGCUGAUGAAUCCUAGUGGUCUGUUCAGCCUGAACCAGCAGAGUGGAGAGCUUGGCUUGAUUCAUACAGUGGACUACGAAAGCGAGCACCAUCUCUAUCAUUUAUUAGUGAAGGCGAUGGAAGUUGAGAGUAUGCUUAGCAGUGUAACUGAGGUUAUGGUUUACAUUGCUGAUUACAAUGACUGUUUUCCAGUAUUCCAUGACUCCAUUUAUAUCGGAAACAAUGUUCUUGAAACCAUCCCUGUUGGCACAUCUUUGCUGCAAGUUCUUGCCACAGACUGUGAUUCUGGCUCCAACUCUGAGAUUUCUUACUUUAUUCAAAGUGCUGAUUUUUCCAUCACGCCUCAGGGAGUCGUCAGUUCUAAGCAGCAGCUGGACUUUGAACGAGCAAGCCAUAUGUAUGAGUUUGUGGUGAUAGCUGUAGACAAAGGGCACCCUCCUCGGACUGGAACUGCAUCUGUGCGCAUUCGAAUGACCAAUGUAAAUGAUGAGGCACCCGUGUUCUCUCAGUCUGUUUACAAAACAUUCCUCUCAGAAGAUGCUGGUCCUAGUACAUUAGUGGUUACUGUACGUGCCAAGGAUCCUGAUGGAGAUGGGGUAUUUUACCUGAUUACUGGUGGCAAUGAAGAAGGCAACUUUGAACUGGAUAGCAAGAAAGGCAUCAUUAAACUUCGGAGAAAUCCUCUGCCCAAACUAAAAGGACCACAAUACAUAUUAAACAUCACAGCAAUAGACGACAACACUUCUGGGGGCCCUACUCCACUCAGAAGCUUUGCAGAGGUUAUUGUAGGAAUUAACGAUGUUAAUAACAACAGGCCUGUUUUCAGAGAGUGCACCUACUACAGUGAUAGCACCUGGGUACUAGAAAACCAGCCUCCAGGCACCUUUGUCCUGAAGGUAGCAGCCUAUGAUGCAGAUCUUGGACUUAAUGGAGAAGUGAAAUAUGGGCUCAUGCACAGAGAUGGAGCUUCACCAGGCUUUAACAUUGAUCCAGAUACAGGAAUUAUCACAACCACUCAGAGUUUUGACCGAGAGAAGCAGAGAGAGUAUGCAGUCCCUGUUACAGCUACAGAUCAAGCCCAGGAGCCAUUGACUGGUGUGUGUCAGGUCACCAUCUUCAUUGCUGAUGUCAAUGACAAUGACCCCAAAUUUGAGAACAGUCGCUAUCAAUAUUUCCUACGGGAGGACACACCAGUGGGUGCAAGUUUCUUGCGUGCUGCAGCUCAUGAUAAUGAUCAAGGUGUGAACGCUGCUAUCACAUACUCAAUGUUACACCAACAGCCUGAAUACUUCCAGAUAAACCCCAGCACAGGCUGGGUAUAUGUGAACCAUUUAAUCUCCCAGACCUCUCGAAUUGUCCGGUACAUUGUAGCAACAGAUGGAGGCAACAGAAGCAGCACAGUGGAGUUGACUGUAACUAUCAUGAAUUUACUCAGCCAGCCACCCCAUUGGGAGCAAAGCAGAUACUGGGUAACAGUCCCAGAGAGCACCACUCGGGACACCAAGAUAGUGACCAUCAAAGCCACAUCCCCUUUUGGUGAUCCAAGGGUUACUUAUAAUCUGGAGGAUGGUCAGGUUCCAGAGACUAACAUGCCCAUUCGUUUCUACCUGAAACCAGACCGAGGAAAUGGAACUGCUUCUCUCCUCGUCUCUGAGCCCCUGGACUUUGAGACAACUACAUUUUUCACCCUGAGAGUCAGGGCUCAAAAUAUAGCAAUGAUUCCUUUAGCCUCCUUCACCACUGUCUAUGUUAACAUCACAGAUGUUAAUGAUAAUGUUCCAUUCUUCACAUCUUCUACCUAUGAGUUGUUUGUACCUGAAGGGGCAAAUAUUGGGACAUCAGUUGCACAGGUUUUAGCUACUGACUUGGAUUCUGGGCUGCACGGACAGGUUUAUUAUUUAAUAUCGAAAGAUGCUAGUGAAGAUUACCAGUUCUUCACCAUUGAUUCUGAGACGGGAGUUAUUUCCACCCAAGCAACUUUUGACAGAGAGAAGAGAGGAUCUUACUUCAUUGAAGUACAGUCUCGGGAUUCUUCAGAGUCUGCAAGACCUGGUAUUCACAGCCAGCCCAACACAGAUACUACAUAUGUAAGGAUUUUUGUCAGUGAUGUAAAUGACAAUGCUCCAGCUUUCCCUUAUUCAGUACAUGAAAUCAGUAUAGAUGAAGACAAGGAUGUUGGAUAUGUUGUUGUGACAGCAACAGCAAGUGAUGCAGAUGAAGGGGCAAAUGCCAAAAUAAGAUACCAGAUUACAUCAGGGAACACAAAAGGAGCUUUUGAUGUAGAACCUGAAGUGGGAACAAUCUUCAUUGCUGAGCAUCUUGACUAUGAGCAGGAGCAACGCUAUGAGCUCCGGCUUGUGGCUUCAGAUGGCAAGUGGGAGAACCACACACUCAUUGUCAUCAAUGUAAUCAAUAGUAAUGAUGAAGCUCCAGUCUUCAGGCAGAAUGAGUACAAUGGUAGUGUCAAGGAGGAACUUUCAGAUCUGCCAGUAAUGGUUCUCAAGGUUUUGGCAACUGACCCUGAUCAAGAAGCUGACCAGAGUGCCCUCUGCUACACACUGCAUGGACAGGGGGCCAACAGCAAGUUCAGUAUUAAUGAGUACACGGGAGAGAUCCAUGCCAAUAAGAAGCUAGACCGUGAGAAGCAAUCCAUAUGGCACUUUCUUGUUCUUGCUACAGAUGAAAAUGGGGAGGGUCUGACUGGCUUUACAGAUGUUUUCAUAGAAGUGAGUGAUGUGAAUGACAACCCACCUCUUUUCCUUUGCAUGUCAGAUGGCUGUUUUGUGGGUCAUGUUCCUGAAGGCUCCCCAGCAGACACUGCUGUAAUGGACAUGACUGCUAUAGACCUGGAUGACCCUAAAAUGGGGUUGAAUGCAGUGCUAACUUACAGAAUUACUCAAAAUGUCCAAAAUGAAAUAAACCUCAACUUGUUUUCAGUCAACCCAGAUACUGGCACAAUCUACACUGUGCUCGGAUCUCUAGACCGGGAGAAGGAAGACAAAUACCUUGUGGUAGUUGAAGCAAAAGAUGGUGGUGGACUCACUGGGACAGGCACCGCCACCAUUUUGGUAUCUGAUAUCAAUGACCAUGCUCCAGUCUUUACACAAAGGUUGUACGUGGCUUUCGUCUCUGAGAAUGUAAGUGUCAACACAAAGAUCACAGUAGUAUCUGCUAUGGACAGAGAUGAGGGAGAAAAUGCUGUUGUGAAUUUCAGUAUUCUUGAUGGAGAUGAUGAUAAUAAAUUUUCCAUAGAGACUGAUAAGAUCAACAGGCAUGGGACUAUUCGAUUGAGGAAACAAAUAGACUUUGAGAAGCCUUAUGAGAAGGUGUUCAAUUUGACUCUGAAAGUUGAAGACGUGAACUUCUUCAGCACUGCUUACUGUGUGGUGUACGUGGAGGAUUCCAAUGACCAUGCACCUGCCUUUUAUCCCCAAUUCUAUGAAGUGGCUGCUCUGGCUGAGAAUGUAGCUCUUGGUACCAGAGUUGUCCAAGUUUCUGCUGUUGAUUUAGAUUCUGGACUCAAUGGAAGGUUCUCUUAUCAGUUGUUAAACAGUUCUGACCCAAGUGGCCAAUUCUCCAUGAAUUAUGAUGGUUGGGUUGUGGUUGAAGGAUUGCUGGAUCAUGAGGCCAUGCCACAGUACCACCUUGUAGUCACUGCCACUGAUAUGGGACAGCCUGCACUGACUGGCAGCGCCACUGUCUUUGUGGCUCUGCAGGAUGUAAAUGACAAUGGGCCGGAGUUUGAGGCCCAAUACAACCCAGUGAUUUGGGAAAACACUGCUCCUCCACAAAUUGUCCAAAUGAAUGAAACUUCCACCUUGUUAUAUGCUAAAGACAGAGACACUGCAACUAAUGGACCACCUUUCUCCUUUCACCUACUCAAUGAUUUAGGCAACAUAGAUCUCUUUAACUUGCACGAUUUCCACAAUGGAAGUGCUCUGCUUACUGCAUUGUGUACCUUUGACAGGGAAGAACAGAAAGUGUUUUACCUUCCAAUCCUGAUCACAGACAGUGGGACCCCACCUAUGAGCUCAACCAACACACUAGCAAUUAAUAUUGGAGACCAAAAUGAUCAUCCUCAUUCUGCUGGCCAUGUGGAAUUCCUCAUUUACAGCUACAACGGUAACCUACCCACAAUAGUGCUGGGCCAGAUCAGUGCACCAGAUGAAGAUGACUGGGAUCACAAGACGUAUCACUUUGAAGAAAAAACAUCAAGGUACUUUAUCCUUGAUGAUAACUCAGGGUUGCUGAGUAUUGAAGAAGGUAUCCCAGCAGGAACAUACAAUGUAAGAGUGAAAGUUACUGAUGACAUCUGGCCAGAUGUGGUCUCAACAGUACGGGUGGUUGUAAAUGAGAUCAAAGAUGAGUCUUUCCAUAAUGCUGGAUCUAUACGAAUACAAGGUAUCACUGCAGAGGACUUUAUAUCGCAGUAUUCUGAGAGAGAGAGUAAAUACAACCAGAUGAAGAAGCUUCUUUCAGAAAUCAUCCCAGCCCAACUUGAAAACAUCCACAUUUUUAGUGUCUUGAAUGUCCCAGGUCAAACCCAGGGGGUUGAUGUUUGGUUUGCAUUUUGUGGGCCAUCAUAUUAUAAAGCAGAGAAACUUAAUGGUUAUGUGGCAGUGUUUAAAGCACAGCUGCAAAACAUCUUGAACGUGAACAUCACACAGGUUGGUGUAGAUGAGUGCAAGACUGUGAAUUGCACUCGCAGCACUGGCUGUGUCAGCACAUAUAAUUACAGCCGUGUACCCACUAUCACUACUGCUGGAAAUAUCUCGCUGGUGUCUGUUACAGUCCUGACAAGUGCCUUGUGCAUCUGUGCUGCUCGGGAGAGCCAGCAUCUCUCUUGUUCUGCAUACUGGACAAACCCAUGUUUUAAUGGUGGCACAUGUGUGGACACUGACUUGGGUUACAGAUGUAAAUGCCCUGCAAAUUUCCAUGGACCUGAAUGUCAGCAGACAAAACAUACCUUCAGAGGGCAUGGAUAUGCCUGGUUCCCUCCCAUCAAGCCUUGCUUUGACAGCCGUAUCUCUUUGGAGUUCAUUACUGAAGUGGCAGAUGGCCUUCUGUUGUACAAUGGACCAGCAGCGAAUGUGCAAACUGAAGAAGUGGAGGAUUUCAUUGCAUUAGAGCUCUCUGGUGGUGUCCCAUCACUAACUCUGAGUCACGGCUCUGGGGUGCUUUUCCUGCAGCUGUCAAAGGAAGUUAAUGUUGCAGAUCGUCGCUGGCAUAAUAUAAAAGUUUUAAGCAAUGGAAAGAAAGUGCAGCUGAUUCUUGACCACUGCAUAAAUGUUACACUUGAAGACAAGGACAAUGAUCUUAAGGAAGUCUCUCAGAUAGAUUCAUCAGCCUGUGAAGUUUCAGAAGAGACUCCAGGAACUGCAAGAUUUCUCAAUGUUCACCAACCCCUACAGCUGGGUGGAGUCAAGAGUUUGUCCCAUGAUUUACAAAGGCACUUCAACGGAUUUGUUGGCUGUAUACGGAAUGUCAUCAUUGACAGCAAGGUUUAUGAUUUGGAGAAUCCUGCGGAGUCUUUAAACAGUGCUCCUGGCUGUGCUCUGACUGAUGGAAUGUGUCAAAGGGCUGGGGCACUGUCCUGUGGUGUUCGUGGCAAGUGUAUUGGUGAAUGGGAAUCAUUUACUUGUGACUGUUACCCUGGAUAUGCUGGGCCAAAAUGUGAUCAAGUUCUCCCAGAGUGGGCAUUUGGACGGGACAGCUGGAUUCAUUAUGAUCUGAAAAACACUCUUAGUGCCCACACCACCCAGAUCCAACUCAUGGUGCGCACCCGGAUUGCCUUCAGCACCCUUCUCAGCAUGGCAUCCACAGAUGGGAAUGGAUACAUUAGACUGGAGAUGGUGGAUGGACAUUUCGGUGUUAACUUCAACUUGGGGGACAAAGAACACUCUCUGAGGCUGAACGCAUUACGCAUAAACAAUGGCCAGUGGGUUUUGCUGACCAUGGAGCGCUAUAACAAUGAGUUUACCCUGCGUGUUAACAAUGGUGGAGGGGAUCAUGAAGUGACUGCAUUUGUUGGUACAGACAAGUGGUUUCAGAUGGAUCUGGCAAGUGUUGUGCUAGGAAACCGCUUUCCUAACCACUCAGAAAGUGAUUUCCAAGGCUGCCUUUGUGAUGCCCAGUUGAAUGGUUAUCCUCUUCUUGUUGAUGGCAAAAGUACAGAGUUUGGCUUAAUUCUGAAGCGCCGAGGCGUCACCGUUGGUUGUCAUUCCAAUGCCUGCAGUACUCAGCCCUGUUACAGUCCUUUGCAUUGUGUAGAUUUGUGGAGAAAGUAUGAGUGCAGGUGCCCGGCGGGCAAAGUACAGGUGACAGAUAACCUUACAGGGCUUAAACGCUGUGCCACUUCACCCUGUGGGCACUGGACCUGUAGGAAUGGGGGAACCUGCGUGGCACAGUCCCAAGACAAAGCUGUCUGUCGAUGUCCUGAGGGUUACAAAGGACGAUGGUGUGAAAUCAGCCAAGUGAAAGCAGGAAGACCAGUGGGACUCAGUUCUGGCUCAAUCCUGGCAAUCAGCAUGUGUCUCCUUGUCUUCUUAGCUCUGUUGGUCUCCUAUACAGUGUGGAGUCAAUGGGGGACAUCAGGGUUUCGGAAAGGAGGAAUUUACCACAUUCGUGAAACUCAUGAAAGCUGGGAGGAUGUUAGAGAAAAUGCCUUCAAUUAUAAUGAGGAAGGAGAUGGAGAACAUGACCAGAAUACUUAUGAUAUAGAUGAAUUAAGGAAACCUCUGCAAAACAGUCCCCAGUUCUCCUCAGGAACUGAUGCUCCACACUUCAGAACCCAUACUGGUCCAGAGAAACAUUCACUUCGAGAACGACCACAUCGAAAACAAUCUCAUUCUGCAGGUGCCAAUAUUCCAGACCUCAGGGAAUACAUCUCUCAAAUAGUGUGGGAUGCAGAUCACAACCUAGACAGUCUUCCAGCAGACACUGUUCAUUUUUACUGCUUAGAGGGGCAGUGUUCUCUAGCAGGGAGCCUUAGUUCCUUAGACUCCACUAAUGUUGAUGAAGAUCUAAAUUAUGAUUACAUCCAAAAGUGGGGAACAAAGUUUGACAAGUUGAAAGAACUCUAUAAGCUCUCAAAUCAGCGCUCAUAGAUGGAAACAGGAACCCCUUGCACUGCUGUGAAAUGAACUUUACUCAGUAUUUUACAAGAUACCGAAGUGUCUCAAAUCCAGUUAAAUACCUUAUUGACACAAGCCCUUAGUACAGAAUGAAUAUAAUAUGAAUUGCUCACCCUUCCCAUCAGUGAUAAUCUGAACACAGAAUCUCUUUAUAUGAACUGUAUAAAUCGCUGUUGAAAGGUAGAAAUGUGAAGGUUUUUAAUAUGUGAGCUUUCUUAAAAACUUUGAAACAUAGGACUUCCAUAGAACAGGAAUAGCUUUUUAUGAAACAUCUUUUUUAUUAUGUAGGCUGAAAUGAAUUACUGUGAUUUAAAUGCUUGCAUGCAGGACACUUAUUUUAUUCCCCCCUAAUAUUAAACUGAUUCCUACCAAGUUGAUCUUCACAGGUGGAGGAGCCUCUUUUUACAUAAAACUAUUUAUUUUGGAAUGUAAAAUCAUAACUAGAUUCAGAAGUGUUAAAUAAAAACAUUGUUUCUUUUGUCAGUAAUUGUCUCCUGUUCUUACUUCAUUUAUCUCCUACAGCGCACACCUGUGCAUAUCCCUUUACUUUUUUUUUAAAUAGUACAUUGCCUGCUUUUACACUGGCAGUACUCUUGUACACGUUGUGUUAGUAAGAAAAACCACUGAAUGUAAAACCUUCAGUGAGGCAGCCCCUUCCUUCCUCUUUAAAAAAAAAAUCUGAUAUUGGGUACAUUUAAAGAAAACAAAGAUAAACUUUCUGCAGUACAUCUAACCUUUCCUUGUUGUCUCAUGUGCUUGAAAUGCAGUAAAAGAUCUGCAUGAUUCUCUUAUUGGUAAAUUCUGUCCUGGGAAAGAAGCUUACUUAGCAGCAUCACUU